AUGGAGUUGGUUGAAGGAAGGGUUCAAAAUAACUCUCCAAAAUUGGAAUUUCAUCACAACCCAUGUGUAGAAUUUUUCUGUCUGAAUUAUCUGAAGGAGGCGAGACAUUCAAGUUGGAAUGUAGCUGCAAAGGUGAACUUUGCUUUGGCUCACCAAGAAUGUGCUAUUAAAUGGUUUAGUAUAAAGGGUACUAGAACUUGUGAUGUCUGCAAAAAGGAUGUUAGAAACCUUGCUGUCACUCUAUUACAGAUUCAAAGUGUUCGAAAUCGAUUUGCUGGAGCAAGUAGAUCUCAACUCGAAGAUGUAAACGAGUACAUGGUUUGGCAGGAAGUUCCACUGCUUGUCAUUGUUAGCAUGUUGACAUAUUUUUGUUUUCUUGAGCAUCUGUUGGUUACAAAAAUGGGAACCGGUGCAUUUGCCAUAUCUCUUCCAUUUUUCUGUGUACUAGGCCUGCUCUCCUCCAUGACAUCAUCAACCAUGGGUAGGUUUGCAAGAGUUUAG